AUGAAGACAAAAACUCCAUUGAAGCAGCUCAAGCUCUCUGUUCCUGCUCAAGAAACACCCAUCACCUCAUUCCUAACUGCAAGUGGUACAUUCCAUGACGGAGGUCUGCUUUUGAAUCAGAAAGGAAUGCGUCUCAUUUCCGAAGAAAAGGAAUCAAGGCCUUCUGAUGCUAAGGAUCUUGAAUUUGACUUCACGUUGGACGAUCUUGAGACUGUCAAAGUAAUCGGAAAAGGUAGCGGUGGUGUAGUGCAGCUCGUUCGACAUAAGUGGGUUGGAAAAUUGUUUGCUUUAAAGGUCAUUCAGAUGAAUAUACAAGAGGAUAUUCGAAAACAAAUUGUUCAGGAACUGAAAAUAAACCAAGCAUCACAGUGUCCACAUGUUGUAGUUUGUUACCAUUCAUUCUAUCAUAACGGCGUUAUAUCUCUUGUAUUGGAAUACAUGGAUCGUGGUUCUCUAGUAGAUGUAAUCAGACAAGUUAAUACAAUUCUGGAGCCAUAUCUUGCUGUGGUUUGUAAGCAGGUGUUACAAGGCCUUGUUUACUUGCACAAUGAAAGACAUGUGAUACAUAGAGAUAUCAAACCGUCCAAUCUUUUAGUAAAUCAUAAAGGGGAGGUGAAGAUUACUGAUUUCGGUGUUAGUGCUAUGCUCGCUAGCUCAAUGGGCCAAAGAGAUACAUUUGUUGGAACUUAUAAUUACAUGUCGCCAGAAAGAAUCAGUGGGAGUACUUACGGUUACAGCUGUGACAUCUGGAGUUUAGGGAUGGUAGUACUCGAGUGUGCCAUAGGACGGUUUCCUUAUAUACAAUCUGAAGAUCAGCAAGCCUGGCCUAGUUUCUAUGAGCUUUUGCAAGCAAUUGUCGAAAGUCCACCACCUUCUGCUCCUCCUGAUCAGUUCUCACCGGAGUUUUGUUCAUUCGUGUCAUCCUGCAUCAAGAAGGAUCCUCGCGAAAGAUCAACAUCAUUGGAGCUUUUGGAUCAUCCUUUCAUAAAAAAGUUUGAAGAUAAAGAUCUAGAUCUUGGAAUUUUAGUAGGUAGUUUGGAACCUCCUGUAAAUUUUCCUAGAUGA